CGUAGCCGCUGCUGCGCUUCAACAGUGAGAAAAAAAUAAAGUGUUAUUCGCUCUUCGGCGUCGCAGUUGUGUCUUCUAAUCCCACCUCGAAGGCAAACCCACUCCCAGCGUGUCUCAGUGACACGGACGCUGAAGACUGGAAAGGUCAAAUUUUGGCACUGAAAACAGCGCUGGGAGUCUGCUUUAGUCGAAGGAGCUGCUUGAAUAAAUGAGGUUGUGUAACCAUGAUCUGACGCAUUAAGGUCUGCAUUUUCUCCGUGGACUCUCAUGAGCAGCACAUACAAACACAUCAGCCAUGUCUCAGUCUGAAUCCUGUGCCAAUGUGGGGGAGUGGCUGGGCGUACUUCGCCUGGAGCAGUAUUGCGAUGCAUUUCAGAGUGCCGGAUAUGCAACAUUACAACAGUGUCGCAGCCUCACACCAGAGCAACUGGAAUGCAUUGGCAUCACCCUGCCAGGUCACCAGAGGCGCAUCUUGGCUAGUCUGAACAAAACACAUGGGAAUCGCGACGCUCACGCCGUCGGACCGUGUGAGAGAUCAGAGGAAAAGGGACGAGCUGAAUUUCUGGGGGCAGAUAGACCACUGCCUGCCACACCACACGAAAAAUCUCUCCUUCAGGACAAUGUGAAGCAAGAUGGAGAGACUAUGAGACCUAUACCUAGGAAACGAGAGAAACCAGUCCCCAGAGAAAGACAAGUAUCCAGAUUGCAGGAGAGCAGCGGUGAAGGAGAGAAGCCGGUUCCUGGGAAAAGACAGAUGGUACCUAGAAACGCCGAGGAGAAGGAGAAGGAUGGAGGGCUAGAUGGAGAGAGGAAGAAGCCUGUGCCAAAAGAAAGGACUAAGUUUCGCUCUACUACUCCAGACAACUUGGACCCUAGCCCCCCUCCAGCUUUGGACACCUCUUUGCCUCCUGUUCCCCCCCGAAGCACACCAAACUGCCCUCCACAGCGCUUCACCUUACCCCCUGUUCAAACCUCUGGCUCCCCUAAGCUGGAAAGACUAGAGGUCAGGGCUCCAGCUUUACAAUGCCGAUCUGUGUCCCCGAGUUCCACAUCUGCACCUCCACAACCACCAUCCCACCCUCCAGACCUCCCUUCUACCGCAAAUAGGCCUCAGACAUUAGCCAUUCAGCCGAAUGCCCAACAUCUAACUAUCGAUGGAGGAAGAAAAUCUUCACCUGUUUCUCCCAUCCACUCCCCAUGCAGUAGAAAUAUUCCACCUCUUCCUCCAAAGGCAGGAAUAGCAUCUAAAGGCCCUCCACCAAUCCCUCAACGGUUUCCUGUUCAGUCUCCCAGAACUCACAGCCCAUCUCCCACCAAGACAGGCACGGAUGACACGCUCAGAGAACAAACUCCAGAGAUCCCACCUCGCAUCAGGCCACCUAAAAUUCAAGAAAGCCCACAACAGUUGACUCAGCCUGAUAUACAGCCAGCUCUGCCUGCUAGAAGAAUUCCCCAACCUCCCAGCGAGUAUAUGUUGGCUACGGUCAAUGAAAAUUCGAAUGACUACGAGGAGCCAGACUUGUUUGGUCCCGCUGGUCAUCGAAUGAACCCACCAGAGAGGGAUAUGUCCCUGCAAGUGCCAGAUUACACAAAGAAGCGGCCGAGUUCUCUUUGCAGUGACGAUGGAGUGCUCGACGAUUAUGAGUAUGAAGGGACUCUCCACAGCCAGCAAGGCAGUUUUUACCUACCAAACACUGGUGUUUUGGCUUCCACCAUGAAGGAAGACACCUCUCAGCUUUCUGCUGUCAUUAAGAUGGGUUGGCUGGACAAGAAUCCACCUCAGGGGGCUAUUUACUACCAGAGACGAUGGGUAAAGUUAGAUGCUGACUACCUGAGAUACUUUGACACUGACAAGGACGUGUAUUCUAAGGGGAUCAUCUCAACAGCUUUCAUCACUAAUGUGACCACUGUGGGGGAGCUGAAGUUUGAAGUUGUUACAAACAACCGAACCUUCAUCUUUAGGGCUGAAAGUGAAGCUGAACGAAACGAAUGGGUGACUGUACUGCAGGAUUGCACCAGUGGGCGCCAAAGGCACACUGUCAUGAACCCCGGCUCACCUUUAGCCCCGGACUAUCAGGGCUACUUGGAGCUAAAAGGGUUACGCUCCAAACUUUACACAGUUGUUGCCUCAGAUAAAGUUUUCCUCUACAAAAAUAUUGAUGACUAUCGUAUUGGAUUGGGUAUCACAUCUAUUGAGAUGAAUGUAGGAAACAUUAAGGUCUCAGAUCGUCGAAGCUUUGAUCUCACCACACCUUAUCGCAUAUUUAGCUUCAUCGCAGAGUCAGAGCAGAUGAGAGAGCAGUGGGUGAAUGCUAUGCGAGACGCGAUAGGUGAGGCAUUGUCUAACAGCGAGGUGGCUGAGCGGAUCUGGGCGGAGUCUAGCAACAGUCUGUGUGCCGACUGUGAAGCAUCGAAGCCGGAGUGGGCCGCCAUCAAUUUGUGUGUGGUGGUGUGCAAACAAUGUGCAGGGGAGCACAGAGGACUAGGCCCUAGCAUUUCGAAAGUUCGAAGUCUGAAGAUGGAUAAGAAAGUUUGGACAGAAGAGCUUAUUCAGUUAUUCCUGGUGAUAGGCAACGAGCGGGCUAACAGUUUUUGGGCAGCUAAUGUCCCACCAAGUGAAGCUCUGUCGCCUUCGAGCUGCAGCGAAGAAAGAAGACGCUUCAUCAGCAACAAAUACCGCCAGGGCAAAUACAGGAGGUACCACGCUCUGUAUGGAAACCAGAUGGAGCUCAAUCACGCUCUCUGUAUAAACGUGCAGUGCAGCGAUGUGCUGGAGACGCUGAGCCUGAUUUUCUGCGGUGCAGAUGUGAAUUGUUCAGCUGGGCUGGAUAGUCAACCAACCCCCCUCUCCUUGGCCACCGCACACUCGCAACCCCUACAGGCCGAGUUAUUGAACCAUAAUCUGAACACAGAGUUACCACGGUUAGAGGAGGUGGAUGCUAUGGACCCAGAACCUUACCCACUACCUCCUUCCGUGUCUCACAAUGGCUUCCUAUUCAAAACUGGAUCCAUGGCUCGGCCAGUCACAGAGCGCAAGGCCAAAGAGGAGUUCAGUCGUCGCUGGUGCACGCUAAAUGAUGGCGUUUUCAGCUACUACGAAAGUGACAAGAACUCAAACCCAAAUGGAGCUCUCAAGGCUUCAGAGAUCGUGUGUUUGGCUGUUGACAACGAUGACAAACAUGGGUAUGACUGUACCUUUGAAAUUUAUUCAGAGUCUGAGCGUCUCUACCUGUUUGGCACCGAUGACUCAGAAGUCAGAUCCCAGUGGGUCAAGUCUAUCGCCAAGACCUUUAUUCCAGUCUCUGCAGAACCUUUGCUGAGAUUGAGUUUUGAGAGGAUUGGGAAGCUGAUGUGCAAAGAUGGCUUGAACCUACAAAGGUCCAAAGUUGGGUGGUUUGCUCUGGAGGGGUCUGUACUUCACGUUUACCUGGAGGGCAGUCAGGUGGAGGAGAUCCACCUCCGCAAACUGAACGAACUAUCAAUUCAGCAAGACAAUGAAGUCAUGGUUCUGGUGGGGAAAGGCAGAACUCUCUACAUAGAAGGAAAGAGAAAGCUGGAUUUUUCUUGCUGGUGUACAGCUAUCCAGGCAGCUGCAGGGAGUGGAGGAGACACGCUGCACGAGCAGCAGCUCACAGAGACGGACAUACCAGUGAUCGUAGAUAGCUGCAUUAACUACAUCACACAGUGUGGUAUGGUGUCAGAGGGAAUUUAUCGCAAGAGCGGUGUGAACUCUCGUGUGGCAGCUCUGUGCGAGAGGUUUCGUCGCGAUGCUCGCAGCCUUUGUCUAAGGGAAGGAGAGCAUCAGGUGGACGACGUCUCUAACACACUCAAACGCUUUUUCAGGGAGUUGGAUGAGGGAGUGUUCACAAAACAGGAAUUCCAGUCCUGGCUCAGCACUGCAACCAUUCAGGAUGAAAGUACGAAAAUCUCCGAGUACAAGCACUUAUUGAACAAACUGCCUCAUGUCAACAAGGCAACACUACAAGCCCUUAUCAACCAUCUCUACUGCGUGCAGCACUUUUCGGAUGAAAACCAGAUGAACAACCAUAAUCUGGCCAUCGUGUUCGGUCCCACACUGUUCCAGACUGACGGGAAGGACUAUGCUGCUGGCCGCGCCAUUGAAGACCUCAUCGAGCACUACAAACUCAUCUUUGAGGUGGAUGAGCAGCAGCUGAACAAGCAGAUAAAAGUGAUCGAAGCUAUCCGCCAAAUGCGGGAAUUGAAAAACCCUCCUUCUGAACGAGGAGGUGACUUCAUUUGUACUGUGUACCUGGAGGAAAAGGCGCCCAGCGCAGAGAAACAUGUGAAGAUUCCUGGUUCUAUGACAGCAUUAGAGCUCACAUUGGAAAUUCUGGACCAGCGUAACAUCCCAAUUAAAGACAAAGAUUACUGGAGCUGCUGGGAGAUCUGUUGCAAGGAAGAAAUGGAGCGCCCGCUGCACUAUCAGGAGCGAGUCUUGCCCAUCGUUCACUCCGUCGGCACAGAGUCUCAUCUGCUUAUAAAGAAACAUCCUGCAAUGGAGGCCAUCACUCUUUACCUGUCCAGUAAACCGGACGCAUCCAAACACGGGAUGAUAAAAUUCAGAGAGGAGCGAAGCAUCUUGGGUUUGGGCCUCACCAGCUUUCAUGAUCGUUAUUUCAUCCUCAAUUAUAACUCGCUCAGAAUGUACAAGGAUGUCAGAAGUAAUCGUCCAGAACGUGAAUGGCCAGUGAAAAACUUGAAGGUUUACCUAGGUAUCAAGAAGAAACUCCGUCCUCCCACAUGUUGGGGACUGACAGUUCUGUAUGAGAGCAAGAAACAAGAGAAGCCCGAGAGACAGCAGUGGUAUCUCUGUUGUGAGACCCAGUCAGAAAUGAGGGAGUGGUAUGCUACAUUUCUCAGUAUUCAGUACGACGGUAACGUGUGGCCUCAGGAUGGACUCCAGCACAAGCGUGUGAGUCGUGAGUUGCCAGAUACACGUCAUGGUAACGUGUCACUGAUACCGCUGCGUGGCAGUGAGAAUGAGAUGCGGAACAGUGUUGCAGCUUUCAGCCAAGACCAGCUUGCUGCUAGAUCAUCGGCCUCAUCAGAUGUCCCCUAGACAUUCCAGUGACUUCAUCAUUCCCGAGUGGCAGACACUGAGAAAAACACUUAUAAUGUAUUCGGCUAAUGGCCUUGCACCUCCUUUUGUUCCUUUGAAUACGUGCUGGAAUGAAAACAAUUCAACGGACAACAGGAUCACACCGCUUUCCAUGCACAGAUGAACUGAAUGAAGAGAAACAGUUUGUCGGACCACAGUUUCCCUAAAGAGGGCCUGAAUCGAUUCCAACCUGAUUUGCACCUAAUGUUUCCACUGGACUCAUAAGAGACAAACCUUUAUUUCUUUAUAUAUAUUUUUUUGGGGGGGCGGCACAAAAGACCAGUAAUCCUAGGCACCGGCACAGCGUGCUCAGCAGGUUUGACAUUCAUUUUGCAGCCGAGUCAUAUUUUUAAACUUCUCUGUACUCUUUGCUCAACAAAUCAUCAGAUCAGUGUAAAGUUUAAAUUAAGUAAUUGUAGCUUUUGUGACGUUGAUAUCAGAGGACACUGUGACCUGAUUUUCUCUGGAGUUUGUUCCAAGGGGACCAAACUGGACUGAAAAAUGACAGGUGAUGGAUGAUGUUAGUCCGCGGGACAUUGGCCGGUGCUGUGGAAAACCUUAGUCUGAGGUUUUUUUUUGUGCUUUUUGCAUAUGUGCAGUACUGUGCAUAGAGUGCGUUUACAUGGGGAUAUGAAGAUAUGAAGACCUUCGGGGAGUAAAGCAAGGAAAAAAGGCUGAAAAAAGGCAUUUUUUUUUCUCUUCUUCCUUUAUCUUUUCCUCCCAUCCUCACUGCACUGCAUCCUCUUUGUAGAUAUUUUUUUUAUUUUUUAAAUCCUGAGCUACCGAAUACAGCGCAUUAACCAGCAGUAUUUAUAAAGUUUUAGAUUAUGUGUUAGUCGCUUUUUUGUUAUCUUCUUUAUGCACAGCUUAGAAUCUUUGCGGGAUCGUGUUUUUUAUAGAAAGGAGCACAAAAGUGGUGCUGAAAAAUCUGUAGGUACAAGAAACGAAGUGCUUUACGAUGCUCCGUCAUUCCUUCUACAUGAAUCCAAGCUUGUAUAUAUUUAAUGUAAAGAAUUAAUCUGCCAACAGUUGCCUUACCAGCUUCGCUGAGCAAUUCCUCGUCGUCGCUUCCUUUUAAUGUUCUCACCUGUGGGAUUCCCGUAAUGUAAAGAUUUAUUUAUUUUGACAGCAGAGGACGCUCUGGUCCUGUUUUCUCAACCUGAGUUGGUGAUGAUCUUGACGUACCUGUGAAGAAUGUGUAUUUACAGUAGUGUGCCAUUAACUGCCUUCUGACCUCAGCAGGAGUCCUGAAGACUCAACUGUGUAAUAGCAUGUUGUAUACAAAGUAUUCACUCUGUACUUCUUAGUGGUUUAUUGUUUUACAACAUUGACUUAGAGUGGGUGUACUUACUUUUACAAAGGUUCUUGGCGCUGAUCAUCAGAUUUUAGUUUUCAGGUUUAAAUGUAGCCUGUAUAUAAGUUGUAGCUUUCAGGUACAGGUGUGAUCUAACCAUAAAUUAUCGCUCACACCUGGGUUGCACAAAAAUAAUCCCUUUUAUGUGAUUUCUGGAACACUUAGCUGAAGUAUUGAUGGGUUACAAAAUAUGCAGGUGAUUAUUUUAAAUGUUUCACAUAAUGUGGAUACUUUUUUUUUUUUUUAAUCUUAUCACUCUCAUCCUUCUACAUCAUUACAAUUCAAAGUUGUAAAACAAAAGUCCAACAGAGGCUGUUAGAUACUGUUUAUAGAUGGUGUGUUUCUUUGUCCCUGCCUUUUGUAUUCUGUUACUGUGCAUUUUACAAAUUAUUGCAUCUCUAAAACUCUAAUAAACACAUUCUGCUAGUU